UUUUCUAUAAAAUGCAUGGAUUGUCACUACCGUAACGAAACAUAUCAUUAAAAAAAAACUGUUUUGGUUUUCAAUUGCAUCACCUGGGAAUUCUCGCCACAUUUUGACCUUUGCCUUUGCUUUACUUGUUUGCUUGUCUAUUCAUGGCGAAAUAACUCAAAAGCCUCAAAAAUGGAUUGGAGAACCUUCGUCAGACUCUGAAGAAUCUUUCGUUAAUGUGAAGAGAUCUGAUUUUCGAGCUGAUUUUGUUUUCGGAGCUUCAAGUGCUGCUGCUCAGGUGACCUAAAUCUCGUGUUGCAUAGGUCGUUUUUUUUUUCUUCGAGUCGACUCAAUGCAGUUAUAUUUUGACUCGAUCAAACUCAUGACUAACUCAAUUCGAUGCGAACGUAGUUGGGUUCAUUAAUUAAAUUGAAUGCAGAUUGAAGGAUCAGAAAAAUCUAAAGGAAAAGGGCCUACUGUGUGGGAUCAAUUUAUUCGGAAAUUGCCAGAUAAAAUAGUGGACAAUUGUUCUUUGGAAGUAGCAAUUGAUUUGUACAACCGCUAUAAGGUAUUAAGCUUUUUGUGACAUUAUUGCACUUUGAUUCACCGGAAACUCUUGAAGACAAGUAUGGAGGCUUCUUAAAUCGUAGCAUUGUGAAUGAUUUCAAAGAUUAUGCUGAAAUAUGGUUCAAAACAUUCGGAGAUCGACUUAAACACUGGUUUACAAUCAAUGAACCACUGUUGGAAAUUCUCCACCAGGUAGAUGUUCAGAUAGAAAACAAUGUCUAAAUGGUAACUCAUCCAUAGAACCUUAUACUGUUGCCCACAACCUUCUUCUUGCCCAUGCAACGGUUGCUAGGCUUUACAAAGAGAAGUAUCAGUCUAUGCAGUAUUGUUUGGCAUUACCACAAGGAAUCGGCUAGUGAAUAAGAAAGCUGCAGUGCUAAUCAAAAAGGUUGUCAAGAUGGUUGAUUUUGACCAAGGCCAGCUGAUCUUUGAUGAAGUAGUCAAGCAUGCAGAAAAAAUUCGACUCGAGUUAUCCAGCAGCUUAGAUAUAGUGAGAUAGCUUUGCGCAAUAAUUCUCUACCUCAUCCCAGGUAGUGAAAAUUGACAUUUGUUUUGAACAAAAAGGAGAGUUGAUAUAGAAGCUGGAGGAGCUGACUGGUGAUAGAAUCUGCGGCUGCAGGUUCAAGUGAAAAACGUUAGCAGGUUAUGCCAUGCUAAACCUAUCGUUACAGUGAAUGGGAUGUUUCCAGGGCCAACCAUAUACGCUAGAGACGGCGAUAGAGUUGUCAUUAAUGUCACGAACUAUGCACAAUAUAACAUGUCAAUUCAUUGGCAUGGGCUUAAACAGUUUCGCAAUGGAUGGGCAGAUGGACCAGCUUAUAUAACACAAUGCCCUAUACAGAACGGGCAUAGUUACACGUAUGACUUUAAUGUAACAGGUCAAAAAGGGACACUAUGGUGGCAUGCACAUAUCUUUUGGCUAAGAGCCACUGUUUAUGGUGCAAUUGUGAUCAUGCCAAAGCAAGGGACCCCUUUCCCUUUUCCUCAGCCUUACAGAGAAACUAACAUAGUUUUAGGUGAAUGGUGGAAUAACAAUGUCGAAGAAGUUGUGAAACAAGGGAACAAGUUGGGGUUGCCACCAACUACAUCCGAUGCUCACACCAUUAAUGGAAAGCCAGGGCCAUUGUUCCCAUGUUCCGAGAAACAUACAUUUGCAAUGGAGGUUGAACAAGGAAAGACAUAUCUCUUGAGAAUCAUCAAUGCUGCACUCAACGACGAACUUUUCUUUGCAGUCGCAGGCCAUAAUAUGACAGUGGUCGAGAUAGAUGCAGUUUAUACCAAACCAUUUACCACACAAGCAAUUAUAAUUGCACCAGGGCAGACCACAAAUGUCCUUGUUCAAGCUAACCAAGCACCUGGUAGAUAUUUCAUGGCUGCUAGGCCUUUUAUGGAUGCACCAUUGACGGUAGACAAUAAAACCGCAACGGCUAUACUUCAAUACAAAGGCAUUCCCAACACCGUCCUCCCAAUCCUUCCUAAGCUGCCAUUACCCAAUGACACUGCCUUUGCAUUGAGCUACAAUGCCAAACUUAGGAGCCUGGACUCUCCAUUAUACCCUGCAAAUGUGCCUCUUAAAGUUGACAGGCGUCUUUUCUACACUAUCGGGUUAGGAAUUAACCCAUGUCCAACCUGCUUGAACGGAACACGACUCACUGCAUCCUUGAACAACAUUACCUUUGUUAUGCCACAUAUUGGGCUUCUGCAAGCUCAUUAUCUCAACAUCAAGGGAGUAUAUACUGCGGAUUUCCCCGACCGCCCUCCUCAACCGUUCAACUACACCGGCGCACCAUUGACUGCAAAUCUUGGUACCACUUUGGGUACCAGGCUGAGCAAGAUUGCAUUCAACUCAACAGUAGAGUUAGUACUGCAGGAUACCAAUCUUCUAACUGUUGAAUCCCAUCCAUUCCACCUUCAUGGUUACAAUUUCUUCGUUGUUGGGACCGGAAUCGGGAACUUUGAUCCCGCAAAAGAUCCUGCUAAGUUUAACUUGGUUGAUCCUCCAGAAAGGAAUACGGUUGGAGUACCGACAGGCGGUUGGACCGCCAUAAGGUUCCGGGCAGAUAAUCCAGGAGUUUGGUUCAUGCACUGUCAUUUGGAGCUGCAUACAGGGUGGGGUUUGAAGACUGCAUUUGUGGUAGAGAAUGGAAAGGGACCCGAUCAGUCCAUUUUGCCUCCUCCAAAGGACCUUCCUCCUUGUUAAUUGAUUCCUUUUUGAGGCCAAAGUACAAAGGGCAUGGCUAACUCUUUUCUGUCCUACUGUUUUGGUUUUUUUUUUUCUUAUCGACUCUUUCCUGCAAUGAGGAGGAAGGCAUAUAAUAUAAUUAUAUGAGAUUCUUGGAAUUGUACGUAAUAAAAUCUUCAUCUUUGUAUCUGACAGAUACGAAAUGCAUUCUUUUUUAUAUUUUAAAUCAAUUUUUAAUAUUUUUUUA